AUGAGGAACAGUGCUCUUAGUAUGUGGAAAAACAAGGGUUUGAAGGAGAUUUUAGCAAAUGGGGAAGGUUUCUGGUUUUUCAUCUUUGACGAUCCAGACUGCUGUAAAAUGGUUCUUGAGGGUGGGCCAUGGUAUGUUGGGGGGUUUAAUCUAAUCCUCAAACGGUGGACUAGGAUGAUGAAACUAACUAAGGAGAAAGCUACCAAAGUCCCUGUUUGGGUUAGGCUUUUUAAUGUGCCUAUGGAAUACUGGGAUAGUGAUGGACUCAGUCGAAUAGCUAGUGCUGUGGGAGUUCCUUUGUUUAUGGACAACCUCACUGAGAAAGGUAGUAGAGUCUCCUUUGCCAAAGUGUGCGUUGAAAUAGAUGCAGCAUCUACACUACCAGCUAUGUUUAAUGUUAGUUGUGGAGGGGAUACCAUUGUAGUAAAAGUAGAAUAUCAGGGUCUCCCAGCAAAAUGUGAUCAUUGUGUAGCUUUUGGGCAUGCUACAACUAGAUGUGUUAAAUCACAGGUUGAGAAGUUGGUCAACCUCCAAAAGGAAACUGAGGAGAAUCCAGACCCUAGGUGGAGUACAGUUACAGCAAAAGGUAAGAGGAAGGUGGGGGAUCCUGAAGGUGUAGAACAUGGGGUGCAGAAUGAAGAGGUAGAUGGACAAUUGGGUGCAGAUACUGAGACCAUACCAGAAGGGGUAGAGGCCCAUAAUACCCAAGUCCUGGAAGAGAAAUCACAUCGGGAGGGUACCUCCAGUGACAGUAGCAAAGUUGAACCCAGUCCUGGUGGGGAGGUCAAUUCCCCUAACACUACAGCUUUGGAGAAUUUCCAGAAGGACCUAGUGGAAAUAACAAGGCUUGCUCUUCCCAAUGAAACUGAAUUGAUCACUAAAGUGGAAAGUCUAGUGGAAGCAACACAGGCAAUGAACAGCCCAAUACAAAAGCAAAUCCAGCAGAAAUCGGCUGCAAAAGGUAACUCCUCUGGCAAGGGCAGCAAAAGCCAGAGGAAAAAGCAAAGGUACCAAUAUGAGAAAUUUGGGGGUACAUCUGUGUGGUCUCCUGAGAAGGAGGAGUUUAAUUCUUGCAUCAUUCACUCUGGUUUGGCUGAGCUCUCUUAUAGUGGCUGCCAAUUCACCUGGGCCAAUAAAAGGGAUAGUGGUCAGUACAUUGCAACGAAAAUUGAUAGGGGUCCUGGUCAAUGA